AUGAGCACCUACAACCCACCCACACUCCAACAGCUGGCAGUGCAAAGCCUUCUGCAGAAUGAGGCCUUAACCAUGUCUACUCUGGAGUACCUGCCUAUUAAUCUCUUCCCACCAGUGUUCAAGGAGGCCAUCAAUGGUGGACACAUGGAGCUACUGAAGGCAAUGGUGGUUGCCUGGCCAUUUUCCUAUCUUCCUGUGGGGGCCCUGAUGAAGAUAGUAGAUUUUGAGGUGUUCCAAGCUGUUCUGGAUGGUGUAGAUAUUCUGCAGACACAGAAGGUUCGUCCCAGAUGUUGGAGGCUUCAAGUACUUGACUUGAGGAAUAUGAACCAGGAUUUCUGGGAUAUAUGGGCUGGCAGAGACUGGCACUGCUCAACAGAGACUGAAAAUAAUACACAAGUAUGCAAUGAGCUGAGGAAGGAUUUGAAGGUGCUCAUGGACCUUAGCCUCAGGUUCUACCUGAAAAAACCCCAUAGACACUUGUUGCAGUGGGCCCAGCAGAGGAAAGACUGUGUGCAAUUGUACUGUAUAAAGAUGAAGAUUUGUGACUCUACUAUGGAGAUUAUCAAGCAGUUCUUGGACAAUUUCCCGCCAGACAAUAUCGAGGAAUUGGAGAUAUACACAAACCAGAUUCUGCCCCUCAUGGAUUACUUCACACCUCACUUUGGCCGUAUGACAAGACUUCGCAAAUGCCGUCUAACUCACAUCGUCUUCAACAGAAACACGGAUGUAAAUACCUUGGCAGACCCAAAGGAGAUGUGUGCUGUCCAGUUUCUCUCUCAGUUCUGUAAAUUCAACUAUCUCAAGCAUCUUUCCAUAGAUGGCGUCCGAUUUUCCCCUCACCACAUGCAGCUGUUGUUUGGAUGCCUGAAGACCCCGUUGGAGUCCUUGAACAUCAGUCACUGCCAUCUCUCCCAGUCAGACUUGAAACACUUGUCUCAGUGUCAGAGGCUCUGUCAACUGAAUCACCUGAACCUCACUGAUAUAGUGUUGCCCAGGUUGAAUGUCACACAUCUCCAAGUUCUCCUUGAGAAUACAGCACAGACUUUGCAGAUCCUGGAGUUAGUGAACUGCAGGAUGGAUGACCAUGAGCUCAGUGCCCUCUUGCCUGCCCUGUGCCUGUGCUCACAGCUCACCACUGUGAAUUUCUAUGACAACGACUUCUCCACUGCUGUACUGAAGAAGCUUGUGCAAAGCAUGGCCAAUCUAAGCAAAAUGACUGCAGAGUUCUACCCGGCCCCUCUAGAGUGCUAUGACCCCCUGGGUUCUGUCCUUGUGGAGGAAUUUGCCCAAUUUGCUUUAGCGAUCUUUGAUGCGCCCACAGCGCCACCUCCUGGUCACUUCCUGAAUCGCAACCAUCGGUACUCUGGUUAA